UUAGUCAUUUCACAGACAAGAACUCCGCCCAAGCAAGCAGACAUUCUCGAUACAAAGCACGAGGGCGUAAGAGGUAAAGGCUAUAGUACAGUAAUUUAAAAACGGAACUAAGACCAGCCUUUUUCCUCGGGUUCUUCAGUGGAAAUUUCGUUAAACUGGUCUUGGAUCUGCCUUGUGAUUUCGAAUCAUGUGACGGAAUAACUGCUUGUUGCCGUGGGGACGUUACUUAGUGCGGGUUCGUGUAUAUUGCCACAUAGCUAGGCUAGCUAGUUAGCUAGCGGUAGGUCCUUUCCUAAUAAUAGCAACUACAGCUCCAUCCGAUUCUUCUUGCAUGCUUAUGGUGACCACUUUAUUAUUAUUAUACUCUAGAAAUGAUUGCAUGCAUUCCCUUCAGUACAUUGUUAUGAACAUCACGGUAGUGCUAAAUUGGAUAGCUUGCUAGCUAAUUUUUGGCACAACAUACGUUUAGUAGAAGACAAAUGAGCACGCACUGAGCCACAAUCAUCUUAAUUAUGAUGAUGCUCCAGGAUGGGUCAGUCCAGCUCCUGUGUCUUACAGCAAGCAGCGGGGUUCCCCUCUUCACGCGGGGUGCAUCCAAACAACUCCCUUUCUCUGUCAUUGGCUCACUGAAUGGGGUGCACAUGUUUGGAGCGGGCCAGGGAGUUGUGUUGUCAAGCAGUGAGACCGACCGUGGCAGCAAGGUGGUGUGGAGGGUUUUCCAAGACAGUGUCAUGCUCAUUGCAGUAAGUGGUGGGCAUAAAGGCAGCUCCAACGAGGACCUCCACCUACGUCGUCUGCUGGAGAACGUGUGGAACAUCAUGGUACUCGUGUUGGGACAGGAUGAACUGGCCAAUGUGAGGAACGUUGAGCGGCUUAAGAGAGACCUCCGCUCCUGCUAUCGCCUCAUUGACCAACUGUUGGAGGAAAGACUGGAGGGCACCAUGGGGGACCUAACUCACUGUGCUGAUUGUCUGGUCCCUCCCAACUCUACACUUCUCCAGGAAGCCUUGGUGGGUUUUACACAGGCUGCCGAUAGUGAGUUUGGCUGCCUGAUGAUCCAUGGACGGAUAGCCGUGGCCACAGAGAAGUGGUGGCGUCUGGCGCCACAGGAGGUGGUGCUCCUCUCUGCUCUGACACGCUCUCUCUCCCUCUCUGGCUCGGUCUCCUGUGACUACCCCGUGUUCCUGCCCCAGGGAAGCCCAACAGUGGCCCACCGCCUGCUCCGCUUUCAGCUGCUCCCGGGGGCAGAUGUAUGCAUGCUGUGUGGCCCCAGCCCCUCCCUUCACAGGGCUGAGAGUGAGCUAGUGGGACGCUACUGGUCUCCCCUGGUGGAGGCCCUGAGAGGCUGCCUGGCUGUCGGGGAGCGUUGCCUGCCAAACACCGUCAGCCUCCGGCCCGACGUGCUGGCCUUGCUGUUCAUUAACAGGGAGUCUCGUCGCUCCAUCUCCUGUGUGAAGUCCAUCCCCAGUGCUCCUCCCAUUGUCGCCCCUACACCCUCCAGGUCACGCUGCUGGGAGCUGCUCAGACUCUUCUACACAUUCACCACCACGCGCUACUUCAGCCUAGAGGAGGCCCCUGCUGCUGCUUCCCCAGGGGAGGGAGCUCCACAGGGGGAGACUCUGCAUGAGGACUUCGCCCUGGGCUUCUCCCACCAGCCGCUGCAGUGCUACCUGGUGACGGAGGAGUGUAAGUGUUUCGGCCUGCAGACUCCCCAGCACCAGCUCUAUCUGCUCACGCCACUCUCUGUGCCCACGUUCACGCUGCGUUCUGUGGCCACCCAGACCCUUUCUGCCAUCACCACAGCCACAGCUUAGCUUCUAGGUUGAUAAUGGCCCAGGGUUCUGUUUUAUAAUGUGAUAUUUAGACAAAUGAUGGAUGGCUGUUGAUCUGCUUUCUACUGUAUAUGGAUUAAAGCUGUGUCGUCAUGACCAGCACAAUAUACUUGAAGAGCAUUUUGCUGCAAGUGAUUCUAAUCAUAUUCUUACCUCAUACCUGGCUAUAUCCUAGAAUGUUUUGUAGUCUUGUGUAUAAUACAGAUUAUGUUUCAAUGCAAAUACUUGGCUCCACUAUUUGAGGAUGAAGGGCACUUUUUAUCUGAGUUACUGGAAGUUGCAUACACUGUUGCUGAAAUGACCCUUGUGUUAUGUCUGUAACUUACUGCUGUUCAAAUUAGUUUGAAAGAUGAGGACAUGAUAUGUCUGAAGACCAUGAGUGCAUUACACUCUUAUCUUCCUUAAGUGAAACUGGUAUUCUUAUUUUGUAAAAAUGUUUGUGAAAUUUUCUUAAUUACUGUAUUGUAGAUUUGUAAAUCUUUAAAUCAAUAAAUUACACCGCAU